UUCCGGGGGGAAGGCUUAGGCAGCGACACCGAGCCCGGCCGCCUCCACCCCCACCACGCUCGGGGCCCUCCCUCCGCCCCGCCACCACCGUCCGCUCGUCCGGCCGCAGGGAAGGAAGAAAGGAGCGAAGGAGGCAGAGGCAUGGACCCACAGCCCCCUCCACCCGCCCAGGGCAGCCCGCCUCACCGGGGCCGGGGCCGGGGCCGGGGCCGAGGCCGGGGUCGGGGCCGAGGCCGUGGCAGGGGCGGUGCCGGAGCCCCCCGCGCCCCUCUGCCCUGCCCCACCUGUGGCCGCCUCUUCCGCUUCCCCUACUACCUCUCCCGGCACCGGCAGAGCCACUCAGGCCUCCGACCGCACGCCUGCCCCCUGUGCCCCAAGGCCUUCCGCCGGCCUGCCCACCUCUCCCGCCACCUGCGCGGCCACGGGCCGCAGCCCCCGCUGCGGUGCGCCGCCUGCCCCCGCACCUUCCCGGAGCCCGCCCAGCUCAGGCGCCACCUGGCGCAGGAGCACGCGGGCGGCGAGGUCGAGCUGGCCAUGGAGAGGGCGUUCAAGGAGGAGGCCGAGUCCAGCUGGAGCUCGCAGGAGGAGGGCGCAGAGCAGCCGGCCACCGCCGCCGCCGGGCCGGGCAAGGACGAGGCGGCGUGGCCCGAGGCGUGGCCCGCGGGGGAGCCGGCCACGCUGGCGGCCCCCACGAGCACCGAGCCCUGGAAGUCGGAGGAGGAGGAGGCCGAGGCUGGGGCUGCGGAGCUGCGGGCCGAGCUGGCGCUGGCGGCCGGGCGGCAGGAGGAGAAGCAGGUCCUGCUCCAGGCCGACUGGACGCUGCUAUGCCUGCGCUGCCGCGAGGCCUUCGCCACCAAGGGCGAACUCAAAGCCCACCCGUGUCUGCGCCCCGAGGGCGAGCAGGAGGGCGAAGGGGGGCCCCCGCCCCGCCCCAAGCGCCACCAGUGCUCCAUCUGCCUCAAGGCCUUCGCCAGGCCCUGGUCGCUGUCCCGCCACCGGCUGGUCCACUCCACCGACCGCCCUUUCGUGUGCCCAGACUGCGGCCUGGCCUUCCGCCUCGCCUCCUACCUCCGCCAGCACCGCCGCGUCCACGGCACGCUCAGCCUCCUGGCCUCGCUGCCCUCGGCGGGCAAGAAGGACGACAAGGCCUCGGGGGCGCGGACCUCAGGGAAGGGGCCCGAGGGCGGCGAAGGGGCGGAGUGCGGGGGCGCCGCGGCCGGGGGAGAAGGCGGGCAGGACGGAGGGGACGCCGCCCCGGCCCGGCCCCCCGCCGGGGAGCCCCGCUUCUGGUGCCCCGAGUGCGGCAAGGGCUUCCGGCGCCGCGCGCACCUGCGGCAGCACGGGGUCACCCACUCCGGGGCGCGCCCCUUCCAGUGCGUGCGCUGCCAGCGCGAGUUCAAGCGGCUGGCCGACCUGGCCCGCCACGCGCAGGUUCACGCCGGCGGCCCCGCCCCGCACCCCUGUCCGCACUGCCCGCGCCGCUUCUCGCGCGCCUACAGCCUCCUGCGUCACCAGCGCUGCCACCGCGCCGAGCUGGAGAGGGCCGCGGCGCUGCAGGCGCUCCAGGCCCAGGCGCCGCCGCCACCAGCCGGCCAGGAGGCGGGGGGGCUCCCGCCGCCAGCGGGGCGCAUCAAGGAGGAGCCGCCCUCCCCGGGGACCCCGCCCCAGUCGCCGUCGGCUGCCCCCGUCUUCCUCAGCGCCUCCUGUUUCGACAGCCAAGACCACUCAGCCUUCAAGAUGGAGGAAGAAGAGAUGGAGAGCAAGACGCACCUGCACGGGGUGGGCGGCCUGGCCUCCUGACCCUGACACCCACGCGCGGCCCCCGUGGGCUCCCCGGUUUGCAACGUGGAGGAGGGAAGUUGAAGGAGAGGCACCUCCUCUGUCCCCUGCCCCCCCUUCCAGCCCUGACACCAAGCGGGGCCCCGGCCCCCACCCCCAGGCCCCCUGAUGCCAGUUAGGAACUG